AUGGAGGACGCCAAGCCGGCAGCCAAGAAGGUCGCUGCUAAGAAGGCUGAGGAGUCCGACUCUAGCGAUAGUGACAGUGAUGAUGAGGAGGAGGAAGCCCCCAAGAAGGUGAAGGCCGCUGCUGCCGCUGAGGAGGAAGAGAGUGAGGAUUCUGAUGAUGAGAUGGAGCAAGCCCCCACUGGCAAGCGUGCUGCUUCUGAGGCCACUACUGAGGAGGACGAGGCUCCCGCUCCGAAGAGGGCCAAGAUGAACGACGGUUCCGCCCAGGAGUCUGUCGAAAGGUCCAAGUCUGUGUUCAUUGGCAACUUGCCUUUCUCUAUGACAAAGGAGUGGCUCGAGCAGAUCUUCAGCUGGUGUGGUGACAUUGAAAGAGUGAGCAUCCCCACUGACUGGGAGAGCGGCAAGAUCAAGGGUUUUGCUUUCCUCGACUUUGCUGAUGAGGACUCCGCUGAGAAGGCUGUCGGCAAGAAUGGUGAGGACUGUGAGGGCCGCGACUUGCGUAUCAACUACAGCUUCCCCAAGAAUGACAAUGCCCAUGGUGGUAAGGGCAAGGGCGGCAAGGGUAAGGGCAAGGGCCAUCAUGAGCUCGGCGAGAAGUCUUCGGGAGACUGGCAAUCCCCGUGGUUUCGCCUAUAUCGAUUUUGA